AAACAUACUCUAUGUUGUAAAAAAAAACAGAAAAACAAAUACAGGAUGCUAGUAAUAAUACUUUUAUAAGCAUUUGGCUUCUAUGAUGAGGUACCCUAAAAUAUUUACAAGACAAAAUGUCAUGGUUUAAUGAAUACCGUCUGCAGGGCAAAUUCUGUGACGCACUCAUCAAAGUUGAGAAUGUGGAAUACAAAAUCCACAAGGUCAUCAUAAGUGACUGCAGUCCUUAUUUCAUACCUUUCUUUGAAUUCCACUCAUCAACAGAUGCUUCUACCUUUGAUAUGUUUGGCCUGUGUCCUGAUACAAUGCGGCUCAUUAUUGAGUUUGCGUAUACUGGCUCUGUUUCUGUCACAGAGUGCAAUGUAGAGAAGCUAAUGUUGGCAUCAGACAUGCUCAACAUAAUGAGUAUUGUUCAAGUGUGCUCAGACUUCCUUGGCGAGCAACUCAGCCCGGAGAACUCCAUUGGCAUCUGGAAGUUCUCAAAAGUCUGCAGCUGCCCCGAGCUGCAGCUCAGAGCCUCUCACUACAUCUUUCAUCACUUUGAGGAGGUCUUUUCCUGUGAAGAAUUUCUGCACCUCACCAUGCAGGAGCUCAAUGAAAUCUUAGGUAGAGAUGAGCUUAGUGUGAAAAAGGAGGGCACCGUGUUUGAGGCCAUCCUGCACUGGGUUGCGCACAAACCCAAGGAGCGUUGCAAGAACCUUGCAAUGCUCUUUUCCAAGUUCCGUGUUGCCUUGACAAGUGCUCAGUACAUUCACAGUUACGUGUUGACCAAUGAGUUUGUGAGAAGCAAUGCCGAGUGCAUCGAAAUGGUUAGUGAUGCAGUCAAAACCAUACAUCAAAGCAAAUUUUCUGAUGGCACUGUUUUGCGCGAUCCUUUGGCUCGCCCUCGUCUGCCCGGUGCUACACUGUUGGCCAUUGGAGGCUGCAGCGAUGAAAGGUGUUUAGGGGAAAUUGAAGCAUACAAUGUCUGUGCUGACCUGUGGGUCACACUUCCAAACACUUUGACGACUCCACGGGCAGAUCAUGGCACUGCUUUCCUGAAUGGGUAUGUAUACGUUGUUGGUGGAUUUGACGGAGAGGUUUACUGCAUCAGUGUAAGCAGACUGGACCUAGUCAAGCAUACUUGGCAAGAUGUGGCACCAAUGUAUCAUUGUCGUGGCUUGGUGAGCGUAACAGUGUUGAAUGGGUUCAUCUAUGCAAUGGGAGGCUACGAUGGCUACAAUCAAAUAAGAAGUGCGGAGUGCUACAGUCCUGAAAUUGAUGAGUGGAAGUGUAUUGCACCCAUGUGCCAAUGGAGAAGUGAAGCAGGCAGUACUACACUAGAUGAUAAGAUAUACAUUUGCGGGGGAUUUAAAGGUCAAACAUUCCUGCAGACAGCUGAAUGUUACAAUCCAAACACCAAUCAAUGGACUAUGAUCACUCCUAUGAUCAGAAGACGAUGUGAACAUGGUGUUGUUGCUCAUGCAGGCUGUGUCUAUGCAGUUGGUGGUAAUGAUGGCAUCUGCUGUCUCAAUUGCACUGAGGUCUUCAACCCCCAGAACAACACCUGGCAUAUGAUAUCUUCUAUGAAGACACCCCGUAGCAAGUUUGGCCUUGGUGUGAUCAAUGGGCAGAUUUAUGCUGUUGGUGGCCGCACAGGGGCAGGUAUUACCAGUAAAGUUGAGUACUACGACAGUACAAAAGAUGAGUGGUUUCUUGCAUGUGACACAAAGAGGCCCUGCAUUAGCUGCAGCUGCUGUGUGGUGGUCGGAAUACCUAACAUGGCAGAGUAUGUUUACCCACGGAAAAUGAAGAGUAAUAAAAAUGUCUAAAUACAAAACAAAGGCUGCGACGACAAGUUGACCAAUAUUCAAUGGCAAAAUCGGUCAAAGACUCAUGUCUUUGUUUGUAUCCCCAGACAUGCAAUGUCAUGCUAAACAAUAUUAACUUUAGAGACAUCUCACUUUUCCCACAUCAUUGAUGCACUGACAGUACAGCAGAACCUAUGGAAUUGCUGCUUGCAGUAUUUGUUGAAUAUUUGAUAUUUGCUUAUGCAUUCGGAUUGUUGCACUCAAAAUGUUUAUUUUUUAGGAAAGCAAUUUUUUAUUAUAAUAAAUAAAAAAAGUCUUUUGUACAGUUCAAAAGCAGUCGUUUAGAGUAGUUAAUGUCUAGUCCAGUGGUUCCCAAUUAUUUUCUGUCCCCUUUAGCUGAUCUCCUGGUUGCCAGUUACGUAUACUUGAGUUUUCAGUGUAAUCAUAUUUCAGCCAUCACGUGUUGGACGGGUGAAAGAAAUCUGCCUUGCCGACUGAGCUGCCUUUUUUCCCCCUCUCUCUUUGUUUUUCUUCUGUUCAAGCUGCACUUGAUUGGUCAGCUACACCAUGUGCGGUAGUGUCUGUGUUUGCACUGAGCCUGAGGAGAAGGGGUGGGCUUACAAGCAGCAUAGCACAGACACUGAAAGAAAGAAACAAGAGAUAGGGAAAUGAGCGAAGCUGCUGCAAAAACAGAGGUUAAAAAAAUGAGCAAGAGUAGAAACCACAAAGUCUGGAUGAUCCACUGCAAAAGAUUACAAUAAGAGACCGGUCCCUGUGUUAAAUUAAGAUUGCUCUUUGUUUUUUUGUAUUUUAAUUAAAAAAAUAUUUUAUACCAUGUUGAUGUCUUAUUUAUA